GCCGCUGCCACCAGCCGUGCCGUCAUGCUGGAGGAGGGUCCCUUGCUGCGCUGCGGCGGGGAGCGGAGGAGCGCGCGAGGGAAGGGGCAGCAGGGCGCGGGCAGGCAGGUGCUGCGCAGACCGGGGCGGGACUAGCGGCGGCGGCUGCCGCAGCCCGAGGGGGCGUGCUGGGAUUGCCGCCGCCGCCGCGCCGAGGAAGGAUGCGAAGCGGGAGCGCCCGCCUGGCUGCUCUGACGGCGGAGGGGGCGGCGGCGGCGGCGGCGGCGCUGGGCCCCCGGGCGGACCCGGCUUAGGAAGGAAGGAAGGAAGGGGCGGGCGCCGCCGAGCCAGCCAGGCUGUUCGGGACGGGGGCGCCCCCCGGCCGACCCCCGCCGCUGCCCCAUCAUGUACGCCUUCUACUCCCUCCUGGUGUACAUCUUCUACACCCUCUUCAGGAAGGAUGCCGGCCAGGAAGAGGAGGGGGCGGCCGGCGGGCAGGGGCAGCAGCAGCAGCAGCAGCAGCAGCAGCAGCAGCUCGCCCCCGGGCAAGGCGGCCGCCGCCCACAGGGUCCCAAAGCUUUUCGUGUGGAGCCCCCAAAGGGGGCCAAGAAGAUGCUGCCCAAGGACCACUGGAAGGACCUGGCUGAGCUGGAGAGCAGCUCGGACAGCGACAAAGACAGCAGCACUGAGGAGGAGGAAGAUGAGGAAGGCUCCAGCUGGGAAGGGUUGGGGGAUGCCCCCACGCCGCUCACUGAGUUCCGGUCCCUCAAGCAAGAGGCUGCUGAGAAGUUCCAUCUUGCAGAAAAAGAGUCGCCCAGUGGGAAGCCUCUGGAGUCGCCCCUCCUCUCGGUCAUGUCCCACCUCCUCUCCUUCCUGGAGCACUACACCCAGAUGCAGCAGCUGCAGGGGAAGGCCGGGGAGUACCGCGCCCGCCUGCGCAAGGAAGAAGGCCGCCGCCGCCAGCAGCUGCGCGGGCUGAAGAGGGCCUACCGGCAGCGGGUGAAGGACAAGCUCAGCCUGAUUGAGAGCCUGGAGGGCAUCAUCCGCGAGCAGCAGGAACUCCUGGAGAAGACCCACCAAGGUAUGAAGCUGCCCGCGGCCUGCUUGCUGUACCCUGUGGCCCCAGCGGGCGUGCACCAGUUGGUGGAGUCCAUCAGCGCCCUCCAGGGGGAGAGAAGCCGUCUGGCUGAGGAGGUGACUGGGCUCCGGCAGCAGGCAGAGGAGCAGGAGAGAGAGAAGCAGCGCCUGGCAGGCGGCUUCCACCAUCAAAUCCAAGGCCUGAAGCAGCAGAUCCAAGAGCGGGAGGAAGAGCUGGCGCGUCUCCGCCUGGGCACGGGAGUGACAGACUCCGAGAAGCGGAUCCACAACCUGACGGUGGAAAACGAGGGCUUGAAGCAGAGCUUGCAUCUCACCCAGGGCCUCCUGCAGCAGCUGGCCACGGUGUCCGCUCAGCCUCCAGCCCUGCUGGCCAAGGAGAACGAGGACCUCCGAACCAAAGUGCAGCACCUGGAAGCCACUCUCCAGCGGAAGGUGGAGGAGCUGAUGGGCCUGGAGGUGCAGGUGGACAGGUUGCAGUGGUGCAAGGAGGAGGAGGUGCGCCACUUGGAUGAGCGCCUGCGGGGGCUGCAGCUCUCUCUGGAGGCCCAGAAAAACCAGCCCCCCGAAAUGCAGUCCAUCAUCACCAAGGCCGUGGAGGUGGACUCCCCAGGCACCCUCCAGGCCCUGGCGGAGGCGGAGGAGCGGAACAGGACCCUGACGGAGCAGCUGGCCAGCCAGGCCGAGCGGUGCCAGCAGCUGACGGAGCAGCUCAGCAGCUCCGAGGAGGUGACGGCCGGCCUGAGGCACAAGAUCUCCGCCUACGAGCUGGAGAUCGCGGGGCUGCGCCAGGAGCUGCUCAGCGAGAUCGACCAGCUGGAGGCGCGGAAGGAAGAGGCCGUCCGGGAGGCCGCUCAGUGCUCCGAGCAGCACCUCCAGCACCUGCGCCAACAGCUGGCAGGUGUGCGGAAGCGUCUGGACACCCUCCAGCCUCUCCUCAGGGGCAUGAAAUCCAACUACAGCAGCCUGCGUGGGCAGGUGCGCAGCUUCGCGGAUUGCUAUGAGGCGGCGCUCCACGAGGCCCGCGGGCAGAUGUGCUCGGCCAUUGAGGAGGCGUCCCACGCCAACCAUGCGCUGCAGGAGCGCUACCAGCAGGAGGUGCUGCUUCGCAAGAAGUACCACGACCAGCUGCUGGAGCUGAAAGGAAACAUCCGGGUGCUGUGCCGCCUGAAGCCUCUGACCAAAGCAGACUGGCAGGAAGAGGAGGGGGGCCCCCCCAGCGUGGAGGCCGACCCCAUGGACGACGGCUGCGUGACCGCCUGCUACAAGGGCAAGGAGCGCACCUUCCGGCUGGACAAGGUCUUCCUCCCCCAAGCCACCCAGGAGGAAGUCUUCCUGGAGAUCGAGCCCUUGGUCCUGGCCUGCAUGAAUGGCUACAACGUUUGCAUCUUUGCCUACGGGCAGACGGGCUCGGGCAAGACCUACACCAUGGAGGGCCUCCCCGAUAACCCUGGGAUCAACCAGCGGGCAUUGCAGGCCCUCUUCCGGGAGAUGGAGGCCAAGGCGGAGGCCUGGAAGUACUCGGUCAGCCUCAGCAUGGUGGAGAUCUACAACGAGGUGAUCAGGGACCUCCUUGCCAAGGAUCCCCAAGAGAAACUGGACGUGAAGUUGAACCCGGAUGGGAGUGGGCAGCUGCACGUCCCAGGCCUGACCCGCGUGGAGGUGCACAGCCUCCGCGAGAUCAAGAAGAUGCUCGUGCUGGGGAAACGGAACCGAGCGACCUAUUCCACCAACAUGAAUGAGCACAGCUCCCGCUCACACGCUCUGCUCACUGUCACCAUCACCGGCACGGAGCUGGCCAGUGGCACCAGCAUCACGGGGAAGCUGAAUCUGGUGGACCUGGCCGGCUCGGAGCGAGUGUGGAAGUCCGGGGCGCAGGGGGAGCGGCUGAAGGAGGCCCAGAACAUCAACAAGUCCCUGCUGGCCCUGGGCGAGGUGAUCCAGGCGCUGCGGGCCAAGCAAGCUCACGUGCCCUUCCGCAACUCCAAGCUGACCUACCUGCUGCAGGACUCCCUGGGCAAGGGCAGCAAGACCAUCAUGAUGGUGCAGAUCUCUCCGCAGGAGAAGAACCUGGGGGAAUCCGUCUGCUCGCUCAAGUUCGCCCAGCGCGUCUGCCAAGUGGAGCUGGGCCCCGCCUCCCGCCGCGUCAACGGCGGCGCCUCCUCUGCACCAACGCGCGAGCUCUGAGCUGCCCGCUGUCCUGCAGGGGGACGGGGCGGAGGAGAGCCCACGGCCCGAAGCCAGAGCGUCGGAACCGCCUCCGUCGUCGUCCUGGCCGGGGCGAAGCGACAGGGGCUUGGGGUCCUCCAGCCCCAGGGGGCUUAUAGGCCUGGAGGAGCUCCAGCAGUCCCUGGAGCAGCGCCCAGGCCCAGCCCUGCCGCUGACCCCCCCCCCCACCCUCGGAGGGUGCUCUGCUGCUGCUGCCGCUGCUGCCGCCAGUGGCCUCAGAGGAGGAGGCAUCACCUCCUCUCCGGAGCAGGGCUGCUGGGCAGCUGCCACUGGGAAGGCCGCAGCCCCCCCCGUCCCCCCUUCAUGGCUGCCAGCUCCAUCUUGCCCAGCAGUACAGGCCAGCAGCCUGCGUGCCCGAGGCUACGGAGCCGUCCGCUGGCACGGAGCCUGGCAUGCAGUAGCCGCCCCAGGACCGUGGCGGGGGUAGGGGGGUGGGUGGGACCUCAGCUUUUCAGCAGCAGCUUGGCUUGCUCCACUCCCUUGUGCUCCCUCCAUCCGGCAGCUGAGCUGCCUGCAGGCUGGCCAUCCGUCAGGUAGAGCUGUGUGACUGAGGAGUGGCCAGCCUGCCUGCAGCAGUUAAGGACCUUCUCUGGCGCACUAAGACCAGCCCCUACUGAUGACGCCCAUCUGGAAAUGCAUGCCUCCCUCCACCGGCCCCCCACAAGCCUCCUCUCCCCCUGCCCCCCCUCAAGUCAGCCCCCCUUUUCAUUGCCUUUGCAGUCAGGCUGACUGGAGGGUAAAGGCAGAUCCUGCCCCCCACCCUCCUCCACUGCAUGAUUUAGGGGGCGGGGGCUGAGGAUUUUGUGCCUGCCUUCCUCCGCCCCAUCCUUCAGUCACCUUGCAAAAGCCUUUUGCUGCCAAGGGCCUCCUUUUGGGUCCAACACCCCCCCCCCCGGUCAGGGCAGACACAGAGAGCUGCCGCCAUGCAGAUUCUGCGGGGGUGGGAGUGGGGGGGGGGGGUUCCCAGUGAGUGGAGGGUGGGGCGCCCUGCUGGUAAAUGAGGGAGCUGACUUGCUGUCAGAAGGGUUUCCAUCUUAGGACAAUGAGUCUUAGGACAACUGCCCUGGCAAGGAAGGAUGGAGGCUCAGGCCAGACACAGAGAGAGCAAGCAGCCUCCCCUCCAGAGGGCAAGACCUCCAGAAGGGCCCCCCCCCACCAGCAUCGCCAGAGUCCGCUCUUCUUCCAAAGGCCCCUGGGGACAGGCCAUGGGGUUUUUUUGGGGGGGGCGCUUCUUCCAGCAGCCCCCCCCUCCUGCAAGCAACCUCUGGAGCCCCACCUCCCUUACCCGCCCAGGGAUCCGCUGCCGCCACCAUCCCCUUUUCUCACCUGGUUGUGGGGCAGCCCUGCAUUAGGACUGUGUCGGGAACAGGGGGCUGUGGAGAGUCCUGUUUUGGUCCUAAGAUGUCAGGGAACCAAGUCCCCCCAUGUACUGGAGCUCUGAAAGGGGAGGGGGCUUCUCUGACAUUUGCUCCCCCCCCCCGCUUCUUUGCAUUCAGGCCCCAGAGAGAUAGAAAGGAAGCUGCUGCCUCUGGACAGCCUCCUCCCAGCCAGAGUCUGGCUCAGUCCAAGUGGACCCUGCUCUGCUAGGACGACAAUAAACUGGCUCCCUGGCUCCUA